AUGGCGUCAGAAUCAGCGGAACCGUUGGCAGAACAAGACACAGAACUAGACGAGUUAUUGGACAGUAAGAUUUGACAUUACUUCCGAGUGAAGUGUGAUUAUAAUCAAUACUGCCAAUGCAUUAAUGCAUACAAAGAAUGGUGUCAAACGUGGCGCAGCGGAGCAACGUGCCUUGUUAGCGAGCUAACGUUAGCUAGUUUAGCCUAGUUGAUGGAAUGUGGUUGGUCCUGCCUGGCAAGUCCAAAACCAAAGUCAGGCAUUCUCUUACAAAAUCUCCUGCUUUUGCUGUUUACUAAGAGGUCACCAUUAGCAUUACAACGCUGCAACAGAUGGCUCAGUGGGGGUUUAUAGCUAUGAUAUCAUAACUUUUGUCAUUCACUUUGACCCCGAUUAGGCAAAAAUGGAACAGCAUCAUGUGUUAAACUAAACUCAAGCUGCCCUUGAAAUUGAUAUUAUUUUUUUAUGGUUGAAUCGCUAGUAUGUCAGCAAGUGAGAUCUGGAUUGACAGACAGCUCUGUUAUUGUUUCUGUCAGCUGGCUAACCGAUUUGAAUUCAUUAUGGUAUUACAUACUAGUAGCCAAUGCCACUUUGUGUAUUAUUAACUAUAGGCUGCCAGACUACACUAGUCUAGAGGCUACUAUUAUCGUGGUAGCAAGAAUUUAAUGGAGAUUAUCAUAAUCUGACGUUUGUAAUAUUUCAAUUAGUUUGGUGAAGUUGUAUUCCUAACAUCAGAAAUGGUAAUGAGUUUCUAAAGUAGAAGUAGUGACCUCAUCAUACUGAGUUUGAUAAUCAACUAAUGCAUGACUGAAUUGCACAUUGACCCAGACUUUGAAGAGUUGACCUUUGUCCUCUAACUACCUGCCCAAUCGCUUCACCUUGCCUUGACCAUGCUUCCACCUGCUCGUGCUAAAUGCUGCUAUCUGUGCCACUACAUCUCAGCUUUUAUUGACUUUCCUCUACUAAAGGUGCGCUCGAUGACUUUGAAAAGACAAAGUCGGCCCCCCCAGCCCCAGUUCCUGCUGCUGCCGCCGUGGCUCCCCCGUCAGCCAAUGGCAGUGAGGAGAAAGUGAGUGAAUAUUUUCCCUGGUUUCUAGAAUGUGCCCUAACUUCACCAAUUACCUGGUGCUUGCAUACAAGAAGCUGUAGUUGUUAGUGUUCUGAUUGUGGUACAGAAGGUAUCUUUCAGUGUCAAGUCUGUCUACCCUUCCCUCUACAUUUCUGUCUGUAUAUGGGGGAAGAUAAAUUGAACAGUUUACCUGUUGAUGCACAUCUCUCUAGCCCCCUCUACUGGAAGACAGUCAGUUCUUCGAGGCACUGUUUGAAGGGGAGAUGGCCUCUCAGGCGAAGGAGGAGUGGGAGAAAGCCAUGACUGAACUCGCACAGGAAGAGCCUGAGCUGCUGCAACACUUUCACAAAUUGUCAGAGGCAGCAGGAAAAGUUGGUAAGCAUCCACAUAUUUUCAGUUACGUUCUUACGUGCCUGUCAAUGUAAUACCUCGUACCCCUGCACAUUGACUUGGUACCGGUACUCCUUAUAUAUAUAGUCUCAUUUUAUUGUGUUACUAUUUCCUUUAUUUUUUGCUAAUUUAACUCUGCAUUGUUGGGAAAAGGCUCGUAAGUAAGCACUUCACGCAGGCUUAUAAUAAUGAACAGAGUGAAUGAAAUCUUUACAUUUUAGUCAUUUAGCAGAUGCUCUUAUCCAGAGCGACUUACAGGAGCAAUUAGGGUUAAGUGCCUUGCACAUCGACAAAUGUUGCACCUAGUCGGCUCGGGGAUUCGAACCAGCGACCUUUCGGUUACUUGCCCAACGCUCUUAACUGCUAGGCUACCUGCAACCCAAUGUUUGAUGUAUUUGAUACCAUUACACUUAUUCCACUCCAGCCAUUACCACAAGCCUGUCCUCCCCAAUUAAGGUGCCACAACCUCCUGUGGUUUCAUGGUAAAGUUUACACCUGUUGUAUUUGGCACAUCUGACAAAUAAAAUUUGAUUUGAUGAUUAAUUUGAGCUGGGGGGGUUUUUCAUGUCAGUAUUUUCUGCCCUGUGUUUUGCGGGGGAAAAUCUCAUUGAAACUCUCUUCAUUUUGAACAGGUACUGAUGUAGCCUCCCAACAAGAAUUCACUUCCUGUCUCAAAGAUACCCUCAGUGGAUUGGCGAAAAAUGCAGACAAUUUACAGGUAGUUCAGAUGAUUAUCUUUUAAAAAAUAAAUUAUGGAAGGUUUGGUUGUCACCACCCUUGGACAAUGUUCUGAAAAUAUUGAAACUUUGGACCAUUGGCGGAAUGUCUGUUUCUUUGGUCUUCGAUGCAUUUCAGACUGUUCUUGUUUCUAUUCAUCAGAGUGCAGGUUUUGCUGGAGAGGAUCUAGCAAAGACUCUGGAAGGGCUGGGAUUGGAUGAGGGUGGAGAGGGGGGCGGGGAAGACGGAAACAUCCUGCCGAUUAUGCAGUCCAUCAUGCAGAAUCUACUCUCCAAGGAAGUGCUCUACCCGUCUCUCAAAGAGAUCACUGAGAAGGUUAGUGUUUUUUCUGUCCAGAUGUUUGGGUUUUCCCUAAAAAUGUAUAUAGUUAACAGGCCACUUGCAGAUGUUGAUUAUUGUUUUUAUAGAUUUUCCCUUGUAUGCCCUUUACACAACUUUCUAACUGGAUAACUGACUGUUAUUCAAUCCUCAUGCAGUAUCCUGAGUGGCUGAACAGCAAUCGUCAGUCCCUCCCCCCAGAUCAGUUCCAGCGCUACGAACAGCAGCACAAGGUCAUGGGAGAGAUCUGCAGCCAGUUUGAGAAGGAGGGAGAGCAAAGUGGAAGGGAUGGGGAGAAUAGCUUUGAGAGCAUUCUGGAACUCAUGCAGCAGGUGAGCCAGCAUGAACUGUUGGUUGUGAUUCAUACUGGCUGAUUGUUUGCUGUGCAUGGAUAUUGAUUAUGAGUUUGAAUUUUCAGCUACAGGACCUGGGCCAACCACCCAAAGAGCUGGCUGGUGAAUCGGUAUGUUUCUCCUCUCACUUGCGCUCUCUUUCUCCUUUAUCUACCAACCUUUGUUAGUGCAGCUGCAUAGUAAGUUUUGCUCCUUGGACCGGGUCCAUCUUGUAAAAUAAACUUGAUCUCAAUGUGCUAUAUUUGAAUUAAUUAAGAUUAAUGAAACCCCCUCUGUCCCCCCCCCCCAUCAGCCACCUGGCCUGAACUUUGACCUGGAAUCCCUGAAUCUCCCAGGAGCCUCUGGGGCUGGAGCGGCAGAGCAGUGCUCAAUCAUGUGAUGUCAGAGCAGCCAGUUCAAUGGAUGCACAGGCUAGGGGCUGUGUGCGAGGGGGGUGAUGAGAGAGGACCAUCGAUCACAAGACAAGGAGGAGAACGAGACUGUUUGCACUGCUCUCCUCCUAACAGAUGUUUCUGUGUCUAAAUAGAAGGCACGGUGAACGGUGGCACAACAAACCAAUGUGACCACCCUUCGGUAACUCACUGAUCAUCACAUCACUGAUUUUAAAUUAAUUGCUUUGGUUUGUCAAAAGCUCUUCCAGGUCAUUCGUAGUACAGGUAGUAGCAUUCCCACACACACAGCUCAACUGACUAGCAGUUGACUUAU